CACAAUCAUCAAAUUGCCUCUCCUCCCAUGUUCCUGCAUCACGGUUCUCUCUGUCGGCUACACCUCUAAAACAAAAAGCACGUCUCAGCUGUAAGCAGAUUCAGGACGGCCACACAUCCAGGAAAAUUGCGCUGUGGGCAUUCCGGAGAAAAGCUUACAAUGGCGACUACUGACCAUAGCAAAAAUUACUUUUGUCAUCAUGGAUUACUGUUACCAAAAGUGGCACAUUCUGAAGAGAGUAUCCAGUUCAGUAUGGCAUUUGAAGUUCAAGAUGAGGAUAUCUUUGCAGUCACUUAUCCUAAGUCUGGCACAACAUGGAUGCAAGAGAUUCUGCCCCUGAUUCUAAAUGGCGGGGACCUGACACCAGUACAGACCAUCCCAAACUGGGAUCGAGUUCCCUGGCUGGAGGAGACUCGCGCUGCCCUGGUUCUGGGCGACCGCCCCCCUCCUCGGGCUAUGGUCUCCCACUGGCCCUACCACCUCAUGCCCCCCUCUUUCUAUACCUCCAAGGCCAAGGUGAUCUACGUCACCCGGAACCCCAAAGACGUUGCCGUUUCAUCCUUUCAUUUCCACGGGAUGGCCAGCUUCCUUGAUGAUCCUGGAACCUUUGACCAGUUCCUGGACAAAUUUCUCUCCGGACAGGUAAUGUUUGGCAAGUGGACAGAUCAUGUGAAAAGCUGGAGAAACACAGAUAUUGAAGGCAGAAUCCUCUAUAUGACCUAUGAAGAAAUGGUGCAGGACCUGAGGGCAGCCGUGCUUAGGAUGGCUCAGUUCCUGGGCCGAGAGCUGAGUCCUGACGUCCUGGAGAAGGUGGCCAAUCACUGCCAGUUUAACAACAUGAAGACCAACAUAAUGUCCAACUACUCCCUGGUGCCACAGGACAUCAUGGACAGCAGCAAGUCUCCGUUCUUGCGGAAAGGAACCACAGGAGACUGGAGAAACCAUUUCAAUGCUGAACAGGAAGCCAGGUUCUCUGCUGUUAUAAAAAAAGAGAUGGAAGGAACCAGUUUUACAUUUCCAUGGGAUGACGAGUGACAGAGUAUAAUAAAACUUUAGGAGCUCCUCAUCUCACACAGCUGAGAUUUUGGAAACAAAGAAGUUAGAAAACAUUAUUAAAACACCAGUGCUCGCGAAUGAAGUAUAUGGCAAUCAUUCGCCUUGUGUUUGGUAAUGAAAAAAAAAAAAAAAAAGAAUUUUAGUUCUCUAGGUUUCCUAGUUCAAAUGUUGAUUCAUAUGUUUUCACUCCCACAAUCAAAGGUACAUGUAGAAAUCACUAUAAUUAUAUCCACAGUUGCAUAUUGCAAAUUACUCAUUCAGUUCUAUUGAACUCUCAUUUUAAGCCCUCUGGCCUGGCUGCUGCUGAGGUCUGUCAGACACUUGUCAUGGCACCACAGUUAAAACUGUCCUGAGCUGCGGCUGAUUUUCUUAGCUGUUUAAUUCCUUACAAACUUUUAAAGUGUUUUAUAUUUCCCUCACUGUACCAGAAAUAAAGCCUGCAGUUCAAUAGUGAACGAUCUUCA